AUGAAGGCUGUAGCUGUCAUCCUUUCCAUGGCAAUCCUCACCGGCUGCACCGCCCGUGUGGUGCAGCAGGCCGAUACCUCUCAGAGCAAAUGGGAGGAGCCCGUGAACCAUUUCUGGCUGUACUUCAUAAAGCUGGGAGACAGACGGGGAUGUGCAGACCCCGGAUUUUGCAACUUGAUCACUACCAGUAUAUACGAGCUGAGGACUUACAUCCACAGCACCUCCAAGAGUCAGCUGAGCUCUGACUGCAAUGUGCAGCGCCUGGUCACCAAACUGAAUGGGGACAUGCUCGACGUCAAGGAGCAAGGCAUCCUUUUCAAGAGCCAGCAGAUCAAGAGCAUGGGGCAACAGAACGUCCACGAGGUGCAACGCGACAUCCGAGCCUUCGCCAACGGCCUGAGAGACCUCCUCGGACAUCGCUUCAUGAACGAACACCAGAUCUCGCAGAACCAGGACACAGUGGAGCCCUUUGUUCAGCAGAGUGGCGACACCACCUCCCAGAGGCAGGCUGAGGGUCUGAGUCAGCACCAGCAGACCCAGACAUGGGAUCUGUCCCAUCAGCAUGAAACCCAGGGCAGGGUGUUGGUCUCCACCAUUGAAUGA